CCUCCCCUUUCAUUCAAUACUUAGUGCUAGUGAUGCUCCCUCCAUCUCCAUGACAUGCUGGUUGCAAAUACUUUUAUCUCGGUGAGGAAAGCAGGCUGGAGAAAGCAUAUGAUCACAUGCAUCUGAGACCGAUAGGACUAUUGCUGCCUUUCCUGUGCACCACAGGACUUCUGGGUACAGACAUUCACACGAUCACAAAGAAGCCCAUGUCUUGGCAUGAUAAUAUAGAAGAGCUAGCAGAUGCCAAGUUUCUGAAUCUUAUUCACCAAGCAGCACUGGAGCCAACAAAGAAAUAUGCAGAGCCACAAACUGAAAGCCAAGAAAUUGGCUGGAACACAACACCUCUGAUUCACGUGGACCGUACUGAUCGCAGACUCUACUUCCCACGACGGAGAACCGAGAUUACUAAAUAAAUGGCUGCCAUGGGGCACGGGGAGGAGCACUCUGAGAACCUGAAGUUGUAGAGUGGCCAAGCCACACAGCUUAGAAGCAGUUAAUGACAUCUAACGUGUUAGGCCCUGCUUGUUAUUAGAUGAGUCUGGUACAUUUCUGGCAAGAGAAGAUAGCAAGGAAAGGGAAGAGAGAGAAACUCAGUCUGUCCAGACUUGCAGCCUGGCAAUAGUUACAGAAAUAAACCUAUUUAUAAGA